UUUUUCUCGCAGUAGUAAGAAGAAGUGGAUCUGAGUUGAUGUUGCGUAUCCUGUCUACCUACGGUUAAUACGCUGGAAACAUUAACAGCUGUUUCUCUGAGAAACUGUGGUUUAGCGGCGACGAAGAAACCACUUUUGUGUCGGCGUUGUUUGUUAAUCUUCACGGAGUUUGUCUGAGACCUCUCCUGCCCGUGGAUUAACGAAGACUCCAGUUUAAGUGUGAAACUGUGGAUUAUGCUUCUGCAUCACGUGUGAACAUUUACCUUUUGGAGGUUGCUUGUUUCCCCGUUUGUGGGUAAUGAAACUCAGUUAAGUCUGGAUACGAGUAGCAAACACUUGUUGACACAACGGACAGUUUACCGAGCAAAGCUUUGCUAACGUUAGUAGCAACAUUUAGCUAAAGAGGCUACCAACUUUCUCCAUCUCUCAGUCUAUUGGUGUCUGUUGGAUGUUGGACGAGGUGAAGUUUGUAAACUUAAGUUGCAAAACUGCGGCCCGCACGAUGUCUGGCUCCCCGGGCACAGGUGGCUCAAACCCCAGGAAGUUCAGCGAAAAGAUCGCGCUGCACAACCAGAAGCAAGCAGAGGAGACGCGGGCCUUUGAACAGCUGAUGACAGACCUCACCGUUUCAAGGGUGCAGUUUCAGAAGAUCCAGCAGCUUCGUCUAUCAUCCCAGUCACGGACGCCAUACUAUGGGGGCUCUCUGCCCAAUGUCAACCAGAUUAGCAACACCAGUACUGACUUUCAGGGUGGCUUCCCUUCAGGGUUGGACUCUGUCAGAGGGACUCGCCACCAUGGUCUGGUUGAGAGGGUCCAUAGGGACCGCAACCGUAUCAACUCUCCCCAUUGCCGACCCAUCGACAAGCACGGACGGCAGAUAGAGAGCUCUCCAUAUGGAGCAGUGUACCUGUCGCCGCCUCCAGACAACAACUGGAGAAGGGAACAGCAGCCAUGGACUGAGGAAAAGCGUCCUGGGUUUAGAUUAAUAUCUCAACUUAACAGAACCAAUUCAGACUCUGCUCUCCAUACGAGUGCUAUGAGCCCAAACCCUCAGGACCCUUUUGGCAUGAACCAGCAGAUGGGUCGAGGUCCCCCUCUGCAUAAUGGCUGGCAUGCAGAAAGUGUAAAUGAAGCGGAGAUGGAUGGCUCCAGAGAUGUCUUCUCCUUCUCCGCCCUGCCCAAUGAUGAGAGCCUAAUAAGCGUCAGUAAGCCACUUCCCAAGCAGCUGUGGGAGGCCAAGAAGGUCCAGUCUCUGGCAUCAAGGCCUAAAUCCUGUGAAGUGCCUGGAAUCACUAUAUUCCCGUCUCCGGAGCAGAACCCUGGACUGUCCCACUACCAGAGCUCGUUAAAUACCGGCGGCUCCCUGCCCGACCUCAGCAACCUGCACUUCCCCUCUCCGCUCUCCACCCCACUGGACCCUGAGGACAACACAGGGUAUCCCAACCUCAGUGGGGGCAGCAGCACUGGAAACCUGCCAGCCGCCAUGAUGCACUUGGGCAUCAGCAACACACAGGGUCUCUCCUCCUCUCUGAGCAAUCCCUCAAUUCAGGGAUCUCUCAACAACUGCCAGCUGCAGUCGUCGCUAAGCAAUCCCUCCAUCAACUCGUCCCUGCGUCUGUCCAGUAAUUCCCCCCGGCGAAGACCUGCUCCCAUCAGCCCCCUCACCCUGUCUCCUGGCGCUGAGCAGCGCAGGGGUCUGACUAAGCAGCUGUCCCCCACCAUGUCCCCCUCAUUGUCCCCCAUCACGCAGGGAGUCGCUUUGGAUACCAGCAACAUGCCAAGGGAGCCGCCCCCACCCUAUCCGCUCUACCAACAAUCCCAGCAUGCAGUGGACCAGGCCCGACAAUGUCAGCAGCAGCAGCAGCAGCCGCAGACAGUUUCUCCACUUCAGAAUAUCCAGCUGGACUUCAACACGAGCCAACACAACAAUAUGGCAGCCCUCUACAACGACCCCUUCAUGGAGCCCCAUUUCUCCAGUCGCCAGAGCAGGACUCUCUCAUAUCAGUUGGACCAAUUCAAUCUGUUGGACAGCGCCAUGAUCUCCACAGCAGCAGGCUCCUGCUUCGACCCCGCCUCCUCUUCCUCUGCUCCCUCCUCACUCUACUACUACCAGGCUGCCCCCUCAGGACUGGGUGGCAGCCAUGGCAGCCAGCAGGACCCCAUGCACAUGAGGUCCAACAUGCUAUACUCCAACUGCAGCGGAGGUCUGCCUAACAUCAUACUCACUGACGACUCCAACCCCAGUCUGUCAAAGGACAUCAGCAGCACUCUGUCCACAGUGCCUGAGUGCUUUGACUCGGAGGAAGGCUUCCCGUUAGAGGACGAGCUGCGCAUCGAGCCCCUCAGCCUGGAUGGGCUGAGCAUGCUCAGUGAUCCCAACAUGGUGCUGACGGACCCAUCUGUGGAGGCUACUUUCCGCAGCGACAGGCUCUGAAUGUAAAGAGCGUCACAGGUUUCAAGAAAA